GAUAUCCGAAUCGCAAGGAUUAAUUGGGAAUAAACUUGUCUUCGUGUGAUGAUGUGAAGGAAUUUCCAGAUGUCAAAGAAGGAUUUACAACUGUAAAUUAGAUUCAUAAUUUUGAGUAGCUCCUGAAUGGACCAGCCUACACCUUCGAUGCCCCAGUGAGAGGAAGAAAAAGGAUCAAAUCUGGAGCCACAGCGGAGACCAAAAAAUUCUUCUGCGAGGGGGACAAAAAGAAUGAAAAAACGCAAGGAGUUGGAUGCACUCCUCACUAUGGCUAACGGAAAGAAGAACGGGAAAAGCAAGCGCUCGAAGGAGGGUCAUGAGCUCUUGCGAUUAGAUUCAGAUUCAAAUUCCUCAGACAACGAUGAACUGUUUUUGGCACCAAAGAAGACUGUGGUCAGGAGACCGAAGCCUUGCUCAUGUUGUGCAAUGUGUGUACCUCUUGUCAUGUUCAUCUUAACGAUGGGCUGUAUGGUCAUCACAGGAGGAUUAAUCUGGAUGCAUUUUAACCUCAAACAAGAUCUAGAUAACCUCAGAAAAACACUGGAAAAAGUUGAGAUUAAAGCUGACAGUGCUUCAUCACAAGAGAAGACUAUUGUUAGCCUAGAAACUGGGCUGGAAAGAUUGGGCUCUUUCCCAGAAAAAGUAGAUAUUGCAGAUAUCAAAAUUAAUAUAUUAAACAAGUCUUUGAGUGAUGUACAAAAAAGACAAGAUGAACUGGAUUCAUUAAAAACUAGGAUAGAAAGUCUUGAGGGUAAAGCAUCGUCUACAUCAGCAGCUGAGCUUCAACAGAAUGUUGCUGAGCUGGGCAGUGAAAUUGAGGAUCUAAAAGGAAAACAUGACGAGCAGGAAAUGAAAAUAGCGGGUUAUGAACAAAAGAUAACAGAAUUAACGAGUGAAGUAAAUACUUUAAAGAGCCAAGUAGCCCUUUUACAAAAUCCACCCAGCACUCCACCAAGCCCGGAGGUAGCCCCACCCACCACAUCAAGUGCCACUACCAGACAGUCUACCCCAGCAGAACCUGCAACAGGCUCAGGCAGCUCUAUAUCAGAUCCACAUUUUAUUGAAGUUAAAGAGGAGAUCUCAAGAAUAUGGGCUGCAGUCCAUGAAGUUCAGAGCACUGCUUCCAAUCUAUCAAGAGAGCAUGAUGAAGUAGUUUCCUCAUUGUCUCAGUUUAGACAAAUUUUACAGAACAGUUCAGUUAACACUCAUUCUCCUGUACCAACGGUGGCGAGCCAUUCGAGCUCUUCACCACAAAGUAUUCAGACUGGCCAGUUUGACCUGGCACAAAUGAAAGCAGAUAUUGAACUUCUGAAGGAGGAAUACAAUAAGAGCAUUGCAUCAAUGCCGGUAACAGACAUCGUUCCUGUAGGAGACUCCAGCAGUUUAAAUACAACAGGGAUGCAUUCAUUAACUGAGAGGGUGACACAAUUAGAGGAGAGAGUCAAUGAGCUCAAACCAGUAGACAGCAAGCCUGAUCUACUGAACAUCAAUGUGACCAACAGCAUGCAGAUGCUACUAGAACGCUCACUACAACAGUUCAAGGAUGAGAACAUUGCCGAUGUCACUGCGCUUCAGGAAGGUCUAAAGGCCACAAACUCGUUUGAUGACGAGGUUGGGGGUAGGAUUGCAUCAAUUCAGGACCAGAUCAGUUUAUUACAAAGAGAGACCUGCAAAUGUACAACAUCCACGACUUCCUCACCAGCAGAAGGAGCUUUACCACUCAUCACACCAUCGAGUACAACAUCUCCAGAAGAAAGAAGAACAGGUGGCAGCAGAUAAAACCAGGAUCAGCCGAUUAAACAAUACCUCUUCGAAGACUUUGCAUCAACUCUAUGAAGAAGUUCAGCGUAAGAGAUCAGUUUGGCUUCGAGCACGGAGAGUGGAUCUUUUCAAAGGAGUUCAUUUUGUAACAAUUUUUAUGAUCCUGGAUAGACGAUGAAUGAUGAGUGCCCAUGCAAUUGUGGAAGAAACUUGAUGAAAAAGAACAUCAUGAUGUCAAGAUUAUCCGAAGGUUUGAAAUUGUUGUUUGGGAUGGGAAUGUCAUUUUAUGGCCAGGAGAUGUGAUUAUGAAGUGACAGCCAUGUACAUUGUAUUACUGACUACAAUCUUUGGUAAUUACACCAAGCACGGAACCGGAGGCCAAUGUUUUUGGAUUUGUUGAUGGACUCUCUGUGAGAAUGAAUGUGCACAGCGAAGAAAGAACCAAAUAGAGAUUCAACGCUGAGUUUAUCAAUAUGCUUGGUUUGUGAGGAUCGGGAUUCAGUGAAAUCCCAAGAUGAACAACUCUGCACACUAUUUCUUGUGAUUUAUUUUUGAUUUGCAGAUGGUUUAGUUUCCGGCAGGGGGUUAAAGUGGAUAUGAAUAUAAUCUUUAGGUUUUGAGGUGUAUUUUUGGUAUAUUCUACGCAUAACAUUAAAAUCAUGAAUGAUCGCUCGGAGUGUGUUCCAUAGGCCAUUUG